GUAUGCCCUGGAUUUGCCGAAGGAGGUGGGAGCACCUGCUGCUGCCGCUACUACGAACAUGCCGAGAAAGCACGCGAUAUAUUAGUCUCCGUCGGACGUACUCGCGAGAUCGGCGGGCCAUCGCGCUGCAGCGGUAUUUUUAAACAUCGUCCGGACUUAACGAUCCACGAAUCAGCCGACGAUCAGCCACAUGGCGGGACACACGGUACGUCAUCGAGCGGCAGUACCUUCGUCGGGAGUACCUAAGAUGUCAUGUCUGCGACUAUUUCUUCUGUUCGCCCUGUCGAUCCUCGUCGUUCUCCUUGUGGUCAUGUGCUGUCUCCGAAUUUCCUUAUCCAUUACGUUCCCUGCCACCCCCGAACUCUCGGACUCGUACGGAUAUGAUCGCGAUAAGAGGAAGAUAGCCGAGAAUGCGGACAAUGUUUACUCAUUUCUGGUACUGGCUGCCUGUCUGUUCAUCAUUGGACGAUCACGAACAGUUUCGCGUGUCGAGGAGAGCGUCGGGAGCAUCGAUGUUCCUAUUUACGAGGAUCCCGGCGGGAAAAAACCGUUCUCUCUGGAGGAGAUUUAUUUAUACCUUUACGCACCGUCCAGCUUGAAUGGCACGUGGAUGUCCGACAAUGAGAUAAUGGUUGUGGACCCGAUUAAGAACGAUAUCACCAGUCACAAUGUGGUGACUGGGGAGAAGACAACGAUAUUCAACGGAACGACUUUGCCGAUGGAAUAUAAAUACAGCACAGCAAGUUUAUCGGCCAGCAAAGAGAAUGUUCUUUUUAGUUACAACAUCAAACGUGUUUUCAGGCACUCUACUCUCAAGAAUUGUGUAGUGCACAACGUGAAACGGGGGACAUUCGAGAAGGUCGCGAACGGAACCCGUAUCUCAUUGGCGAUGUGGUCGCCGAUCGGCAACGAGCUGAUCUACGUUCGUAAUAAUGACAUUUAUCACAUGAACUUCAAGGACAGAGAGAGCGAGGUGCGAAGACUGACAAGCAGCGGCAAAGCCGGGGUCGUGUUCAACGGAAUUCCCGACUGGGUGUACGAAGAGGAAGUAUUUGCUUCUCCGACCGCGAUAUGGUAUUCGCCGGAUGGACGAUAUCUGGCCUUCGCGACCUUCAACGACACUCGCGUGAUGGACAUGGAGUAUUCUCAUUACGGCACGCCCGGCUCUCUCAGGAACCAAUAUCCCAUACAAGUGAAGCUCAAGUAUCCCAAGGCGGGCACGCCGAAUCCGAUAGUGUCUCUGUCGGUGAUCGAUUUAGCCGAUUCGUCAGAAGCGGUCACGUUAAAAGCGCCCAUCGAUGUAGUCGGCAGCGACCACAUCCUGUACACCGUGAGCUGGUGGAACCAGACGCAUAUAGCUGCGACGUGGACGAACCGCGUACAGAAUCAAUCCCAGCUGGUCAUUUACGAUACGCAAGGUACCGGUAAACUUAUCUGGUAUGACGAGGAAAGGGAAGGCUGGCUUCAACCAAACAGCCCUACAAAGGUCGGCAAUUACGCGUUGCUCUUACGUCGGGAGGAUUCAGGCACCAGUGCCGGUAGAUUCCGACACAUAGUGAGAUAUGAGCACGACGGCGGCCAGUUUACUUCACCCGUGGAUCUCACACCCGGUCCCUCCGAGGUGCACUCGAUCCUGGCCGUCGAUGCUAACAGAGGCAGAGUUUACUACCUUGCCACGGCGCCCGGUAAGCCAACUCAGAGGAAUUUGUAUUCGGUGCCCCUGGACGUGAGCCAGAACCCGACUUGCAUAUCCUGCGAGCAGCUUACGCCGGAAGGGAACAAGUGCAACUACGCGACCGCAUCCUUUUCAAGCUACAUGUCGCAUUACGCUCUCAUCUGUACCGGUCCCGAUCUCCUCACGGUGCGCGUUCACGACGUGGACGCGGACCAUCGGCGAAUGAUGACUUGGGAAGAUAACUGGCUCACAAGGAGCAUGCUGUCGUAUCGACUGAUGCCGCUGCAAAAAGAUUUCAACGUCACCGUCAAUGGCUAUAACGUUAGAGUCAGGUUGUUGUUGCCGCCAGAUUUCGAUGAGAAGAAAUCGUACCCCAUGUUGGUAAACGUUUACGGCGGUCCGAACAGUGUCAAGAUCACCGAUUUUUCUAAGAUCGGGUACGAGCAUUACCUGACGACCAACAAACGCGUUAUUCACAUGUGGAUCGACGGGCGAGGAUCAGCCUAUAAGGGCAGUGAGAUGCUCUUCGAGAUAUACAGGCGUAUGGGAACUGUGGAGGUCGAGGAUACGAUCGCUGUUACCAAAAUUCUGCAAGAACGGUACAGAUGGAUCGACCCGGACAGGAUCGGCAUAUGGGGCUGGAGCUACGGCGGCUUCACCACCGCCAUGGUACUCGUGACGGACAAAGAAUUCGUGUUCAAGUGCGGCAUUUCAGUCGCGCCCGUGACUUCAUGGAUCUAUUACGAUUCCGUUUUCACCGAGCGAAUAAUGGGGAUGCCGAGCGAGGACGACAACCAAGCCGGUUAUAACAACACGGAUAUCUCGCGACGAGCGCGGGGAAUACGCGGCAAGAAAUUUAUGCUGAUACACGGUACCGGAGACGACAACGUACACUAUCAGCAGGCAAUGAUGUUCGCUAAGAUGCUGGAGCGACAGGACAUCAUGUUCGAGCAGGUCUCGUACCCUGACGAAGUGCAUUCUCUCCUGCGCGUGCAGCCUCACUUCUAUCAUACGAUGGAUAAAUUUUGGAACGAAUGCUUUCGGCUUCCUGCCGGCUUCUGACCCGGCGACUCGGUUCCGACGAGUCGCUGUAGACGAGAAAGAGAAUCGUUCGCGGCGAGUCGAGGAUUCGGUCGUUCCGAACGUACCGGAUUCUCCGCGGAACAAUCGAGAAAUCGUUCAGGCACCGUUCGGAUGCUCCUUCGAUGACGUUAUCGUCAAUUCUUCGCGGAGAAAUUAACAUACACGGGGAAAAUAUUGUAGUACAAAUUAUCUCAAAAUUUUUGUAUCUCUUUCUGUUUUCGUGUAAAACUAGACUGUACUGGACUGUACUUCGUAAUACAAAUCAUCAUAGAAGUAUAGUAAAUAUGAUGAUUUAUCUGAUAUACAAUAUAAAAGAAACAUUCAAGUGAUUAUAAUCAUUUUAUAGGGAAAAGUCAAACAUGGAUAACAUUCUUAAAUAAAAAUAGGGUAGAAACCAAAAGUUUUUAGGUGAUUUUAAAAAUCAAUCACUCUUUUUCGAGAUUUUUUUGGCCAGUUUUUUUCAGAUUGUAAAACUACAAAUCUGGGAGAUUCGUGAUAAAGAGGCUCACUUUGAGCCAGAGAACGAAAAUUGUGGGAGAUUUAUAAUAAAGAGGCUUACUUUGAACCAGAGAUUUUCAUCAUAAAUCUUCCAGACUUGUAGUUUUACAAGCUAAAAAAAAUUGUCCUAAAAAGUCUCGAUAAAGAAUAAUUGAUUUUUAAAAUCACUUAGGAACUUUUGUCUCAUCCUGCAUGUGGUAGCUUUGAUAACGUACUUCUGUACGAUCUCCAAACAGUAAACAAAUUGUGUUGUAAUUUUUACUACAACGUUCUUUCCGUGUGCAACGUGUCCUAGUAAACGUCAAUGACGUCGAAAAGCUCUUCGCGGAAAUUUAGGACGAUGAUUCCGAGACACUCUGUGUCCACGUUAUCUUGAAGAUACGUCCGAACGCAUUAAACUCGAUUGUACAAAAAAGUCGCGACACGACAUUUAAUUUUUCAUCCCUUUAUACGCGCGUAUUGUAGAAUUUAUUUUCACAAUGGUCUCGUUGAUCUCAAAGGCUCAAGCUUCUGCGGGAGGACCCGCGCGGGAGCUACGUGUGAAAGUUCCUGUUACGACUUAGUGCCGAACACGAGCGUCGGUUCGUCGGUGAGCCGGUUCGUUAAUUUAGCGAAUGUUAACUCGUCCGUCACUCCGUGACCUGUCGCGUUCCGAGCGGGAAGCGAGCGCUUCCACCGGUGCCGCAUUCCCGUGGAAAUAUGACGCACGAAUUCGUCGAUACUCAGCCAGACCGGGCUUAGGACCAUUUUAAAAGUUGUUCUUUAAAAUUCCUCUCAGAUGAGAUAUGCAAAUUUCAGUUCAGAGUUAAAUGACAGUUUAUCAAUUGAAUCACAAAAUGUCACACAUAUCAUAUAAUUGAAGUGAACGAUUUGGAUCCAACUCGGAAGAGAAAUCUGAAUAUCUCACAUGAGACAAGUUUCGAAUGACAAUUCGAAGGUAAAUUAAGAUAAAAGAGAGUACCAAUGCCUAGAUAUUAAUAACAUUGAUACUUGACUCUGGAUAUUUUUAUUGUUUUCGUCUUUACGGAUAUUUAAACUUUCAAUAUAGGGGAGAGAAAAUACAUAUAAAUAUACUGAAUAUAUGUAUGUAUACAUAUUCUACGUUAAAAGUUUAAAUAUUUGUAUUUAAAGACCAAAAUAAUAGCUAAUAUUAUUAGCGUCCAGACAUUGGUACGUUUACUUUAAUACAAACUUCAGGCUUAUAUUAAUUAUCAUUAUAAUACGAACUUCAGGCUUGUAUUAAUUAUCAUUACUUAAAACUUGUUUCAAAUGAGAUAUUUAGAUUUGAAUUCAGAAUUAGAUGAGAGUUUUCAGGUUGCGAUUUUUCAGGUUGGGUUGCGAUUAGAGAUAUAAAUGUCAGUAUCAUAUAAUUGAACAAUUUGAAUCUGAUUUCGAAUAAAGAUCUGAGUAUCUUACAUGGAGAUUUCAAGUGACAACUAUUCAUACGAGCCUAAAGCCCGUAUUAAUAAUCGUUACUUGAAACUUGUUCUACGCCAGAUACUUAGAUCUACAUUUAGAGUUAGAUUUGAGUGUUUUAUUUAAAUUAUAUAAUAUAUGUGACAUAACGUUUGUACUCGCGAUCUAGCUGAAAAACUCACAUGCAACUCCAAACUGAAAUCUGAGUAUCUCACUUGAGGUAAGUUUCAAGUAACGACUAUUAACGCGGACCUUAUACAAGUGGGCGAAAUUAUUUUGGUGGAUGUAUCAUGAAUUGGCUGUUGGCCUGACAUACGCACGUUGACCCAUAGGUUGGCUCAUUAAAAUUAAAAUUAUGGACGGACUUGAGUGAAACAACGAUAACUCGACGUAUUACGUCGAAACGCAAGCGACACUUGUGUGACGAAAUAAUAAAUCUAUUCAUUGACACCCCCUGCUGACCCCCUCUAUAAUUGACUUCGCGUUCCAUUGUAGUCAUGUUUUUUCAGGAAAAAAGAGGAACUCGCGUUGUUGUUCAUAGUGACUGACCUCAAGGCCGAUUCUGCCGCCGGUUUGGCGACCUGGAUUUUCAUAUUACCGGCUAGGAAGAAACAAACUUUGUUAUUCUUCCUUCGCACGUCUCGGCCCUUCGUACAUUUCCCCCUUCCGUCCACCGUCAAUCGCGUUCUCUCGUUCUGACCCAUCCGUUCAAUUCGAUCAGUCAGUCAGUCAGUCGGACAGUCAGUCGGUUUGGACAAAGGGACUUUUCAGAAAUUUAAUCAUACUGUCUGUAUGUGUAUUUGCGAAUCUCGCGCGCCGAAGACUCGACUCGCUGACCCAGAAUCCUUGCCAGCCGAGAAAAAUAUUUCCUCAAACACUCGAGCGAGUUUCUAGCAAGUUCGCGACUUCGUCCAGAGAUCAGAGAGGAUUCUCAGAUACGCUAUCGGAUUUUCUUAUCGACCCGCAUCGUGGUUUCCAUCAACCUCCAAGUUCGACGCACGGUAUCUCUUUGAGAGAUAUUUCUUUCUAAUUAAAGUUUUUUCCGCCACCUCGAUGACUCCCCGCGUCAUUAAAUAUUAUUAACGCCGCCGACGAAAAUAAAUGCCGAUAACAAAACAAAAUUUUUAUAAACGAAAUGCAAAUGUUUUUUGAAAUUUUGCAAUGUGAUAUCUCUGUUGUAGUAGUCUCAGAAGCGUUUUGUCUUGUGAAAAUCAAUCAUACGAAUUAUGAGGUAUCAUUCUAAGGCUAGCAUUUAUGGUUAUGAAUUAUUUAUAAUCUGUGGUAAUUGUGUGGUUGAGAACAUAAUAAUACGUUUAUAUUCAUCACAUGCUGAAGAAAGAUUAGCUGCAAAAGCUGAAACAUCGUAGUAACUAAAAUGUGUGCCAGGGGCAGUUAAUGUCGUUGCCACGGCAGAAAAUAUUCGUUACUAUAUAGAUAGAAAAUUUCCAUUAUUGUCAUUUUGCUUUUCUUUUGAAUUGCACUUUAUAUUCGCCAAAAAUAUAAAACCGACGCUUCACAUUAUAAAUCCAAAUCAAGGUUUCCUAUCGGUUUGUAACUUAGAUUUAUUAUUAAUCUAUCCACUUUAAUGCGGACACAAAACCCAAUGUCUUUAUAUUACUACGUUACUUGAUCUUUGCUUCAUAGAAGGACGAUUUUAUGUCCAUCAGAAGCGCUAUAACUUCUCCUUUGCAAUAAUCUUUAUUUCAAGUCGCUUUGACAUCUACAAUUGGAGUUAUUAACGACUGUAUCGAUUCGCGUUAUCGCUGCAACGAGCUAUGAAUACAUCACGAUGCGACGUGUGAAUGGAAUGCAGAACCAGUGUUGAUAGGUGUAAUAGACAGUUCGCGCAUGCGCGUAGAAAUAAUAAGAAAUCGAGUAAAACACUGAGAAAAAAGCGAUUGAAUUGACAAAAUCGACGGUCAUCGGCAAAGAAAUAUUGGAUCUAUUCAACAAAAUACAUGUUAAUGCAAUAAAUUGCGCUGAUAUAACAGAUUUCAACGCAACUUAUUACUUAUUAGAAGACUACUGAAUCACCAAUCUGUCUCUUUAUAAGGACGCGUGGUGAGAUGAAAAAGCCUUCGUUGACUGAAGAAACAGAACAAUAGAGAGGGUGAAAAAGAAUAAGGGGAAAUUGCAAGACGUAGAGGAAAAUGGCGUAUCUGGCAAGUGUAAGGAUGCUCUGUUUCGCGGAAAACAUAGUCAUGAGAAUUGGAGAAGAGAUCUUCAUUCCGCAAUAUCAGACAAAGACAGAAUGGCGAUACAGAAGCAUGCUGUCUCUGUUCAAGUUUUGACGUCUUUUCAACCAAAUGCGCAGUCUGAAUAUUAUGCGUGUAUGUUCUCACUCCACGACUCAGAUAAGCAUGGAUUUUCCACUGCUCACUGCGGCCACUCGGUCAUUCAUUUCACUUUAAAAGCCAACAUAGUGCGCCAGCGCAAGAGCAAGUGUUAGCGUCGCAUGACUGCGAGUUUCGAGCCCAAUGUCGAUGCCGCGACUUUAAACGGUUGUAAUUCGCGAAUAAAUCGACAUAAAAUAUGAUAUAAAUCGCAAUCGCGUCAAUAGUGCUCCUUCAUUGCCCAUUUGGAAAAGUCGAGCGUCAUGAUCGAUUAAAGUACGACAAACACGAUAACGCGAGCAAUGCGCAACUUCUUUCAUUCGCGAGCGAAUUGUUCCUUUUCUCGUAUCUUUUAUUAUGGCGAGAUUAAUAUUAUUAUAAAAGUAUAUAAAAUUAGUAUAAAAGUAAAGGAAUAAUUAUUGUGAUUAUUUGCGAAACGGCGGACUUUUUUGUUCAAUUUUAUGAGCUCUAUCCGCGCAAGAGUGUUGGUACGCAUAGUGUCAGAUAUUCGGUAUACAUUUCCAACGUCAAUGAAAAAAUAUAUAAUACAGAGAUUGUGUAAAAAGACAAAACUUGUUGUUUUACGUUUGUUGUUUAUAUUCAUUAAUUAUAUAAAACGUUUGAAUUUAGGCGCUCGUAUGUAAGUUGAAUUCAUUAAAUUGUACAGAACAAUUUUGUACCACA